AAGGCAGUCAUAAAAACACUGAUCAGUUCAACUGCUGAGUCACUUAGCCCCACUGUGAUUGCUAUGGGUGUUGAGUAUUGGAUACUACUGAUUGUUUUCAUAGGAUGCUAUAAACGAUCAGGUUUGUUACCGAAUAUUUUGCUUUUUGUCGAAUUUAUGAGUCGGCUGAGCUGGUCAUACAAUAGCAAUUAUUAAUACUGUUAUGAGGGUUACAUGGCAAAUUCGUAACAAGCCUAAUUCAAUGAAGAAGUUCUUAUAGUGGAAGAAAAUUUGCAAUCCCAGUUCCUUGCAAUAGUUAUUAUAGAGCAUCGUUUCGGCGCCUUCUUCAUAUGAUAAAAAAGUCCAUCUUGAUAUUAAAGAGCCUUCCCUUCGAUCUUUAUUAAAGUGACGAAUUCUGAUUCAAAAUAAAAUUUCGGGUUGCACGUAAUGCGAACACGCUGUAUUAUCUUUGUGUCCCAGAAUGUACCACUGAAAGGAAAGCUAAUAAUCCGUCGGUCCCGAAAGACGUUCCGGCUUUCACAGUUGACGUAUCUCUAGCAUAAAUUUAAAGCAACUAAUAAAAUCAUCAAUAAUAAUGUAAUAGUUAACGUGUAAUCACAUGGGCCAGAGCAGAAUUAAGGAUAACUGAAUUUCACGAGAAAAUGUAUGAUUUCAAAGAUUUCACAAAAUUCGUAUCGAAGGAAGUAAUUUUGUUUAUUUUUCUCUAAAAUGACAGGUCAAACAUGCCCACAUCAGCCAAGAGUUGCUUUUGCAGUCGACUCGUCUCAGUCAAUUUCCAGUCGAGAGUUUAAAGAUCAACUCACCUUGGUCGCAAGCAUCGUGACAAAUUCUUUAACAAGCCCUAAAGACGUUGCAGUUGCCUUGUACAACACACAAGUCCGCGUAAACAUCACAUUUGACCGAUUCAAUUCUUUUACCAAUUUACGAAACGCAAUUUCUGAUUUACCACUUUUGGAUUCAGCAAAGGAAGAAAGUGAUCUGGUAAACCUUUUUAAUACAAAGUUCACCAAACUUCCAGAAGUUUUCAUGAUGAUAAAGAAGGAAAGGAAUGCAACAUAUUCAGCAGGAUUUAAAAUCCCGGAUGGAAGGCUUGGACGUGUUAAGAAGAUUGCAGUCACUUUUGGAGUUAAAAGCAAUAUCGGGAGCAUUGCUGACUUUCACAGGGUAUUUCAAUAUAAAAAAUCUGAGGAAUUCAACCCUUACUCACAAUACAGCAAGAUUUCGGAGACCCUGUGUUACGGUAGGUUUAAUUGCUUAAUAUGUUUUGAGGGUACACAUUGGUGUGAUUGGUUGACCUGCAUUUUAAACGAAUGCACUGGUCGUAGAAUAAACACCAGGGUAGAUUCUUCACAUAUUUCUCAUUCGCGGCUGUGAAGUCAGAAGGGCAGAGAGGGUCACGUGACCUGACUUUUCCCGCGUUUGCUGUUUUUUUGCCAGCCGCCGUUUCAACGUGUGCUUGUGCUUUUAAGAGGUUUUUGCCGGACGGUUUAUAAAAAUAAUAACAAUGAAUUCGAAUAAGUAAAUGAAUAAAUAAAUAAAAUUAAUAAGAUCGACCUCAAGAGGGAAAUAUGAGUUAAUUUAUUUUCCAAGAUUUUAUUGACAGCAGUAAGCUUCCACCAUAGGCACCCCAUCUCGAUUCCAUGAGACGUUAAUACGACCAAUGUGAUAUUUCUAUAAAAUAGGAUUACCGUUUUAUAAAUCGGUCGACAUGAAAUAGUAUGGGGACUUAGCAUUGUAACUGUGAGUACACUUGAUUGGCCUUACUAUGGUGUGGGAAAACUCAGCCUUACCCGGAAAAGAUCCAUUCGAUUAACCCGCUGCAGUUAUAAUUUCAAAAGAAGUCGCAUCGCGUCUAAUCUAGACAUUGUUUUUAUAAAGACUAUUCAGGAAAAAUGCAGAAUGUAUUGCCAUGCCAAAAAAAAAGGGGUUAAUCGUACACACCCUCCAUUUCGUUGUAGCUUUGGUUUCGCCGUCAACAAGCGUUCCCAAAACAGAAAACUCACCAAGGCAGCCCGUUGGAACUUCCUCUAAUCUCCCAAGUCACAUAUUAAAUUCCGUGCCAUACGAUAUUUCCAGCACUCUGGCUACUGGAAUGAAUUAUUCUGCACUAAAGUCACCUUUAAUGACCGCUUCGUCUUUGACAGCUUCCUACAUACUGAGCACACAAAAUGGGUUUAAUGAAACAAAUGAUUCCUUUCCAACAAUAAAAAGGACGUCAAGUCUAAUACUAGCGACUUAUGCUUCCCAUAUGACGUACUCAGGACAAGGAAAAACGUCCCUUUCAAAGGGAAGUGUUUCGUUGUCGAUUAAACCUUCGCAAGGAGCAAGUACAAAGCCUUCUUCCCUGACAGUGAUGUCUAAGAAAAGGGAUUUACCACAAACAGUAAACACUGAAAAACAAGGUUUCUUACCUACAAGAAAGUGGACGUCGAGCUUUUUUCAAACGACUUGUGCCUCUCAUAUGACGCCGUACCCUGCACAAGGAAAAACUUUCCCUUCGAUAACACCUUCACUUGGAAAAAGCACUAGGCCGUCGUCGACAAUCUCUGUUUCAUCUCAGGAGGGGGAUUUAUCAGAGACAACAAACUUUUUAUCAAGCUCUGUCAAAAUUGUGCCCUCCACCGCUGUUAAAGAAUUGAUCACGCAGACUGUCAACGGUUCCAUAGAAGUAAAAAAUGACGACUUUAUAGAUAAACUACUAGGAGGUGAGUGCCGAUGAUAGAACGCUCUGUACUGAAGUUUGGCAAGCUUAUCACUAUAUAUUACUAUAAAAGACGUCACGCUUCAUGCCCCGUUACAGGUGGAAGAACAUUCAAACCGUCUUAAAAGCCGCUGCUGUGUUGAAUAAGGUUUAAAACUGUUUUCUUUAUUAAUUAAAAGCUUCUAUAACUGUUUUUCAGUGUUGCUGACAUUUAGCAAACUAAUUAGGCACGAUCGAGCUUUUUUAUCCAUUGUGACACGGAGCGUUUUCUCGCGAAUUAGCUGGUAUGAAUACGGCUAAAAAUAACAUUUUUAAAUAAAUAUUCUUUGCUUAUUUCUUGCUGCAAACGGGAAACGUGAAUUUGUCGCACGUGACAAAGUUUCCCUAUUCUUGUCUUUUAUUUUUCAUUACUCCUAAACGAAAAUUAGUGGUUUCACGCCAGUUUCAUCCAUAAGAACUUUUUUUUUGAGCUGUUCUUGUCUGCUCAUUUCCUAUUUUGAGAAAUUUCUGGCGUUUGCUGUUUGCCGUAAACGUGACUCUUACUCUACUUGGGCAGUUUUACUCAAGCGCCGCUGGCGCUCGCUGAGCAUCAUGGGUAAGAUAACUGGUAAGUGACGUGCAUACGACUGGGAUCGUCCGCACUACUAGUGACACAUUGCCAAAUGAAAUUCAAAUGUAGAUACGCUAUCCUAUCUUAUCAAGAUCCGAUGUCUGCUGUGGAGCAGCAUAACGUGACCUGUUUAAAGGACAAAACAUCACGGGUAUAAUGUUUUUUGACAGGAGCCAAGUAAUCGGCUCUGUUUUUGAUCGUAGGUUCAUAUAGUGGUUUUUAAUUCGUUUUCUAUGAUUUUGAAGUACCGGUAAACGGUUAGUUAACGUCACUCUAUUUUGUUCAUCGCAGAUCGCCAUUUUAUCCUUAACUUCAACAGCAACGAAAUUGCCACCGACAAUAAAACGCUUAUACAGGCAAGUGUUGAUUUUGACAUUUAGCCGAUCUCGAUUACGUCCAUAAACUGUUUCCUGGAACAGAAUGUUGUCUGAAGAGCUUUUUAUUCUUCCACACCUCACUUGAAAAUAUUUGUUCGUUGGCAGGAUUAUUUCAAUAAAGCAGCUUCUCUUUUAAGAUACGGGGACUUUCUCGACAACGCUUUGAACUCAUCUCAACAACUACACGUACGUCAAAAUGUUUUGAUUUCGAUUUUUUUAAAGUUCUUUGCUUUGUUAAUUGACGCCUGAAAUUGUCCAGCAUACAGUAAGGACGAAAUUAAAAACGUAAUCUGUGAUCCACCUGUUUCUGUUAUUCAGGAGCUAUCUACGUGCAUGGCGGUACUACAUGCCUUGGAAAGGUUUACUGCAAUGGUUGGGCAUGCACUUGGACAAAGAAAUGCGUCUGUUUUACAUUCAAGCUACUUUGCUGGAGGACUUGGUAAAUUGCUUACAAAGCUUGUAUUUCAGUGUUUUGUACAUGUUUAAGGAUUUAAAGGCGCGUAAAAUGAGUCAUGAAGGUUACUUAUGGCAGUCAAUAGCAGUUAUGGGAGGCUUGUUAGCUCUAGUUUACCAAUAUGUUUGAACACUAUGGUUACAAUGUAUUGUUUGUUCUGUAAAGUCUUACACUGUGGAUGACGAAAAAAGCAAUUAAUAAUAAUAAUACUUAAAUAAGAAGAAGAGGAAGAGAAAUAAUAAGAAAACUAAGAUGAUGAUGAUGAUGACGACAAUGACGAUGACAAUGACGAAGAUAAUGAUGACGAUGACGAUGACGACGACGACGAUGAUGAUGAUGAUGAUGAUGAUGAUGAUGAUGAUGAUGAUGAUGAGCUGUAUAGCAUUUGUCAUUUGUGUUUGUGAACAAACAUUUGUAAGAUUUUUUAUUUGGUUAUACUCCUUUUUUUUUCAAGUUUGCCACAUAUUUGUAGCUCAAAUUUCAACCUUCGAGGGAAUACAGUUGGGCUCUUUGGACGCUGAUAACAGUACCGUCAUUUUUCCAAGGGGCGUUUUUGGUCACGUGUCCAAUAAAAGAAAUGGUGAGUCGUGCAACUGAUGGAUAACAGGCCUAGGUCUUCAUAUGGUUAAGGGCGUGUUCGAUUAACAGUAUUCCGGAAUAAGAAUAAAAUUGAAAAAAGCUUUCUAAAAUCAUUUGUUUUGGCAUUCGUUGCAUUGCAGUGUCUAUAAAUCUGCUUGAAAUAAAAUAUUCCAAUGCAUGUAGCGUUUACGUUGACAAAAAAUCACGAAAGAAGAGAUUUGUGACAAAAUGUUUGCGUAUUCUUAUUCUGGAAUUCAUUCAAUGGAACGAACCCUAAGUGUCAGUACCGAUAAAAGAAAUGUAUUAAGUCUAUUUUCGUUGUUUGCAACCGCCCGCUCCGUUCACUUCGUUUUGAAGAACUUCUAGGCUUGAACCCUAGUACUUAUCUUUACCUCACGCGCGGCGCACAAAAAUAAGCCAUGAGAAAUCAAUGCAACUCAAUCAAAUUUUAUCUUCUGGCGCCAUCUAUAUAAGCUGAUAGCUAUAUAGAUAGCGAGUACGUCAACCAAUCAGAAAGCGGGAUUGCGAUACAUAUAACAAAUAUAAAUAACAAUUAUUCAUUUUUUCCGAUCUAUGUAAGAAAGAGUUUAUCACUGUCUACGCAUGUAUUGAAAAACAACCAACGUAUAAAUCUCUUAAUGCUUUUAAAUUCCUUUAGAGACUGGCGUUUUGAUUACUUUGGUGUUUGACCCAUUUCAGCAGCUCCAAGAGCAGGAAGCAUUUACGAGGUAUUUUGAGUCUUAUUUAGUAUUGAGGCUUAUUGCGCUCGAGGUGUUUCCUUUUCAUACACAAUUCUAAAACUAACAAAAAGAUGAUAAAACAACAAGUUUGUUAUCUCAGAACGUGGACUUACGAAUCAAUGAAAAUUAGGUCAUGUAAAGAUUUGUUUAAUCUUUCAUCAUUAAUUGUAAGUGUUAACAAUGUAAUCAAGCACAAACCUAAAAUUAAAAGCCGAUGUGAAACUGCUAUUGUUACUGACUGUACUUUAAGUUACUGUUGACAUAAUAUUACAUGCGCAUAAGGAUGUUGUAGCCCGUUCCAGGCUCUCAGAUAGUGGGCACGUCGCGAAAACAAUUAAGGUCAAGUGAAAAUAAAACUUGCGUUAUCUAAGAAAAGGGGAGGUAAUUUCCCUUCCUCUCAACCCCAGCCCCCGCGCAUAGUUGUUUGUAGAUAUUGCGAUGGCUGCACAGUUUUGGAAACUGGUCAGGAACAGAAGGAUGCUGAUAUUAUUAACAUUAAAAACUGUCCAAACGUCCGAAAUGAAUGCCGGGAAGAACGGAAGGCUUACGCAUUAUACUUUUAAUUGUUCCGGCUUCCUUUUCCUGGAUCAUCCUACCGUUCCCCUAUAAGGCUUGCCUUAGACAUAAGAUUUCAUGCAUUUGCCGUCAAACAUGACAUUCAUCUUUAUUCAGCAAAACUGACGCUUUUAAGCAAGCACAGUUUUUCCGACUGUUUGUGUUUAAUAAAUUCACAAGCUGCUAGUUCAGUUAAAAAAAGGGCUUUAUUUUUUAAAUCGCGUUAGGCAUAUUGCGUAUUGCUGUUGUUCUUUGUUGAUAUUUUAGCUUUGGCGCUGACCAUUACAUUGUUAGCAAGAUUGUCAAUGCCUUUACCAGGCCUUCUCCACUCUAUCCAUUGCCCAGGCCUAUUCAAAUUAAAAUGCGUCAUUUUGAAGUAAGUAUGAGAGCCGUUUAACUGCUCGCUAAGUCGACUAGUCUUCUUUUCUCGAAAAUUUUAAUGGAUGCGCCAGUGAAUCUCACUGAGCUCUUUUUAUGACAACCGUGCACAUGAUGAUCAAAAGGGGGCUUAAGUAGCUGAUACUUCCAUUUCUCUGGCCAUGCUCUUUUUUAAACAAUGAGAGAUUUCUAUGCCACAGUUGAAUGGCUUCAACACUUUAUUAUAAACCUCUAUGUUCAUCUACUCCUUCAGUUUCAUUUUUGCUCAACCCAAAAUUUAAAGUUUUAUUAUAUGAAGUUAUUAUUAUUUUUAUUAUUUUAUUUAUUUAUUUUUUUUGCUGCUUUCAAGCACCCUAUUGAUACAAAAGACAAAAACACUCCGCUUACAAGUAGCUACAGUGAUAUCGCGCUGGAUUAUCAAACCCGGCCUGUUAGUGUUGAGAAACUUUUUAUUUUGCGGGGCUUGACUUCAUCCUGGCAGUACUGAUGUUAUGAAAGAGUAUUUAGUUCAUCAAAGUCAUGCUUAUUUGAACUUCUAAUAAAUAUAAAUGCUGUUUGAAUAUCUUAUCGCAUGCAUGAUUGUCAACUUUUGUGUAUCAUUUAUCUUGAAUUCUUGUUUCUUUACAGGAUGCCUACCAUGAACCAAACUGUGUUUUCUGGGAUUAUACAAAUGCGUACGUAUGAUUUAGUUUUUGUAGUUCCCAAGAAAUUCAUCAUAAAGAGCAGAGCCGAUUUAAUACAUGACGUCGCGAAGAUGCGAAGUUUGUCUUCGAGGGUUGUGUUUUUUUAUGUUUGUUUUAUUAUUGUUUGUCUUUUUUUUUUUUUUAGACGAGAAGAGAAAUUUCGUAUCUCUAAUCUGUAAUCAAACUAUUUAUUCCAAAAAAAACAAAAACAAAAACAAAAAAACAAUGCCAUUAGCCAUAGAAUGUGUAGCUAUAUCAACGUUGAUCUUUAAACUUGUGAGGAACAUGUUAUUUUCAUGAUGAUCAUGUUUUCGCGCGAUAGCUUACCUGGUAUUUCAUUGGUGUUAUAUAAUAAAUUAUCUUAUUUCCCUUGACUUGAACCUUCUAAUAUUAAUUAACGCCCUACUUUUUUAGUGGAUUAAGCGCAAAGUUUGGGAAAUGGUCCAGACGUGGUUGUCGUGUAUUUUACAGUAACGACGGACUUACCGAGUGCCAUUGCGAUCACAUGACCAACUACGCAGUACUCAUGCGCGUAAAAGAACAGGUUAGGUACAAUUUCAUCGCUUGUGUUUUGUUUUUCCGUUCAGGGAACUAUAAAUUUAAGUAAUUUCAGUUACAAACAUUUAUAAAAUAACUAACUAAAGAUAGUACUGACGUUCUGAUUGGUUAAAAACCUAUGGUUUGUUGUGCCGGGAAACUCAUAGAAAACGUAAUUAGUUAUUUUAUGAAAGCAAUAGACCACACUUUCUAUCGGCUCGUAAUUUACAAGCUUUUCGAGUGUUCUCCCAACAUCCCAAGUGGGUUAUCACGCUGUUUUUUUAUAAACCCAUAUAAAGUGUGUUCUAUUGCUUAAAUAUACUGUAUUGCUAGCGUUAUCUAAGUAGAAUUGUUGAACGUACUCCAACGCGGUUUUUACAAUAACUAAGUGGUUUGGCGUUCGUUUUUUUUCAGUCGAGAGUUACAAAAAUUUAUCUGAAUUAAGGACAGAUGUGGAAGUAACGUAACGAUGUUUUGUUGCGAGACUUUCCAAUAAAUUUGAAAAUGAGCAUUUAAAACUGUUACUGCAGCUGUAAAUUGAAAAGCGAAUAAAAAAACAUCAGACUGUUCUGCAAUAAAUGGUGAAAAUGACCGGCGUCAAAAUGUUCAAAACUUUGCAGUGAAACCACUCAACUCAGCUCCUAGUUCUACUUGAGACGUCGUGGCUAUAGAGUACCGAAGUGAUGACGUCAUAAAAAUGAAAUUUGUGAAAUUAUGGGAUUUGUUAAGAUAUUCUGAAAGAACAACGUCCAAGACGCCUACUCGUCAAAAAUUAGCAAUUCGGGCCAAAUUGUCUCUGAGAUAUUAGCCCAGUUAUCCUGUGACGAUUCCAUAGGUAAGAUUUAGAAGGAUUUGUAUGGAGUCAUCGGAGCAUAUCUGGGCUAAUAUCUCAGAGACAAUUUGCCCCAAAUUGCUAAUUUUUGGCGAGCAGGCGUCUUGGACGUUGUUCUUUCAGAAUAGCUUAACAAAUCCCAUAAUUUCACAAAUUUCAUUUUUUAUGACGUCACACUUCGGUACUCUAUUCGAUCUAUAACAGCGUAGACAAUGAAAAAUAGUCGAGCGAUAUGCCGUGGUACAGAAAGUUGCAGUCACGCUGUGCCGUGGACACAAGAUACAAAACGAUAACGAUGCUUACACUUUCACAGUAAAUUCAAAUGAUUGCAGUCUUAAGUUAAUUAGGGCCAAUAGUCGUACUAAAAACUCAUUCAAAAUUUUGGAGGGACAUAAAAGAGUAUUAAAGUACUUUCUAAAAAUGACCAAAAGCAUCUUGGAUUACCACUUGUUUAGUUUAUGAUUGUCACCAGCUUAUGGUCUAAAUGGUUCCAUGGAAAGUUAAACAGACAUCAGUCUGCAAGGCUAAAUUCAUACUCUGGCACACAUUUUACAGAUCUUUUUGAGUUGAGUGUUGAUUGAAACGUUUUGCUCAUUUGUUUACUAGAAUAAAAUCAUUCCGAGGUAUGUUUUACCCCAGGAGCGUUAUUCAGUUAUUAGAGAGAUUAAGCAUUUUUUUUACGGCAAACGACAAACGUGAGAUUCGACUGAAUUGAGAAAUUUUCAAAAUAAGAAAUGAAUAGAUAAAAACAGCUUGAGACACUUCUUAUGGAUAGAACUGGAGUGAAUCUACCGAUUUUCGUUUAGUUGUAAUGAACCGAAAACGACAAGUAACGGGGAAACUUGGUCACGUGGUACAAAUUCGCGUUUGCAGUUUGCCUCAAACUCGGUGAUUAAUCUCUCUAUUAUUCCGAUUCCCUUUGCUUUGUUUCAGGUUUUGGAUGUUUCUGAUGAGUUCAUCUUAACAGUCAUCACGUAUAUCGGCUGUUCCGUGUCUAUUUUUAGUGCAUUUUUGACAGUUAUAACAUUCCUAUCAUUACCGUAAGUAGUAACAACUCUUAUCAUUUUGUCAGGCACUUUUUUCUUUAGUUUUGUUUCUUCUCUUCAUUUAAGGGACAUUAAAAACAGAUCUUUCGCAGUUGGUAGCUGUCAGGUUGCUCGCCAGUGGUCGGUUAACUAGGUGCAGAUUACCCAUAGUCCACCGGCACAGCUUUGCCAGAACCGGCUAUUCCUUUUUUUUUACUCUUAUUUUAAAAGAAUAGUUAACUUGUCGAUCCGUGACACUACAAAAAAAAAAAUAAUAAUAAAAUAAAAGUAAAUAAAACAACAACAACGACAACAACAACAAAACACUUUGCUGGCUUCUCAAUUAAGGCCACGUCUAAGAAGUGAUGACGAAACUGUUUUUCUAGAGUUUAUCAUAUGACAUGUACGGCCCCGUGUGCAAUUUCGUUGUAAGACUAUAUGAAAAAAAAAGUCCCGUAUGAGGGCCGUUACUGAGCGUCAAGGUAGGGCCGGACGGACGGAAAAAUAUUUGGCUUCUGUUAAGGACGCACGGACCUUGCUCCCUGCACUAGAUCCGUACGUCCAGACCUCAGUUAAUACUUGUGGUUGGGGAAAAGCGAAAAGGGUCUCAUUUGCACUCAAGGUGCCAUAGACUUUACAUGCGCGGUUUCCCGCGGCUUCGCCCUUCAUCGCUUUGGGCCUUCCGCCGAAGACAAAAUCAGCCUGUAGCCGACCCCGAAGCAACUCCUCCGCACUCAAUCGCCGCAUGCGAGGAGAAAAAAACGCUGGUAACUAGAUCCCGCUUGCUGAUCUUUGUUUACCAGGAGGAGCUCACAGGCUCCUGUUACUAGCUAUUUUUAUGGCAACUGCAUCGCGCAGGAUCCCCAUUGUAAAUGUUUUUGACAACAUGCAAUUAAAGCCGCUUUGACUUGACUUGAGAAUUGACUUCCCGAGGGAGAACUCUUUGUCAGCACGUCUAAGUAAUUAUUCAAAUUUAGGUCGGUCCAACAUUUACCGCGGGAGAUUCAAAGCAAGUUCGUGUGGUAUGCGAGAUUCUGAGGGAAGGGCUUGCGAGAAUGUUAGUAAAAAGAUUCCUUAGCCACCAAACGACCGGACAAACUGCUUUGAUCACAAGCUGGAUUUUCUUUUCUUGGUCUUCCCCGGGUUCAAAUCCUCGGACAUGCUUUUAAUCCUGUUUUGUUAUACUACGGUAAUUUUACGUUUUUUGUCGGUUUCAGGUCAUUUUCUUUCUAAGUCCGACGCCGAAAUUCUCCUUGAAUUUCUCGCGCUUUCUGGUGCUUGUUGAAUGCGAAGGCGAGUUCACACUGAUAUAUUGCAUAAGGGAAGACUCAGUCUGCCCAAAAAAAGCCAUGAAUCAGUGGUGACGUUCGGAUAUUUUAUUCGAAGUGAUUGUAAUUACUUGAAAACAUAUCUGGAAAACAUUUUCACAUUAUUUUAACUGCAGCUAGGGCGCGACUGAUCCAGCAUAGUAACAGGAACGAAAGCACGGCGUAUAAGUUAGCAUUUUACUAGGUAGCGAGCGAGCUUGGGUGCUCUGAAUUGCAUUGUGUUGAGUGUCAGUAAAACAUUAUACUGGAGCUGAGUUUGGCUACUUGAAAUUUCAAAUGAAAAUAAUUGAGUUUUUUAAAAAACUGUGUUCCCUUGUCGACACGUCAAUUACUGUUUCUCUUUAUCAUAGAAAGUUCGGAAUCUGACCUGAGUGGGCUGUCCUUAGAAGGUCUCGUCCGCAGUAUAAGACAUUUUACAACAAUGAAUGAAUAAUUACAAUUUAAAAAUAGUAAUAAAUUAAAACCUUUUUGCAAAACAACUUUUCCUGAGCACAGUGCACUUGCAAAAUUCAACGAAAAUAACCUUGCAUCCAGUCCUUGUUAACUAUAUUAUAUAGUGAUCGCUUAUAACUGAUCACUAGAAGAUCAAGAGUUAUAUGGAGCAGUUCGUCUGUUUAUGGCUGUAAUUUUCCUCUUCAUUAAUCCAAGUGUGGCUCUUCUGAUGUCUUUCUUGAAAAAGGCGUAGACGAUGGGGUUGACAGCCAAGUUGAUGAUAUAGAGGAGAUAAAUUAUUUUCUUGACAGUGAGAUGGACAACGCAAGUUUUUAAAACGAAGCAGUAGCAAAUAUAGUUUCCUCCGGCGAAGGUGAUAUUGAAAAAUAUUAGAAGCAGGAUGAUCAUCAUCGACGUCCUACUUUCGGGGCGCGAAGGUUGAUUGCAGCCGGUUGUGGGGGACUGUGAGUAAAUGGCUCGGUUGUAGGAAAGUUGAUGGGUAAGAAUGAUCUCUUGGCGCCGCAUCCCCCUGACAAUACAUAACAGGCGAAAAAUCACCAACAGAAAGAAGAUGCAGGGGUAAACUUGAAACGUUAAAAUUCUGUUGGCCUCGAAAACAAGGGUAAAAACAUCGUUGCCUUGGUAAGAAAACAAAGCCGGCAAUGUGAAGAAGAUCAAUGGAGUUAUCCAGCCUGUAAGAAUCAGGAUAUUCUGCCUGCUUGUCUUUGAACUGGUAAAAGUUGCAUACUUUAGUGGCUUAACGACAGCUAGAUAUCGAUCAGCGGUUAGCACACAGAGGUUUGUCGUGGAGCAAUAGAUGAAAGUAAAACACACUUUGUACCAUAUUCCAGCGUGGCUAAGGUCUAUCUUGUGAAAGAAGUUGGAAAUACAUAUGACAGGAAAAUAGCUAAGCGCUGCGAAGAAAUCCGACACGGCAAGCGAUACGAUGAGGCAGUUAGUUGAAGUACGGAGACAUGGCUUGAAGAUGAUGAGUAAGAUGAUCAGCGCGUUUCCAACUAAGGCCAUCACCGAAAAAAGCAAUCCAAAAAACCAGUACCACAUGAUCGUCAAAAAAAGAUGAGAGUGAUUUCGACGGCAAUUCUAGAAUGUCCUCGGGAAGCAUCACGCGGCCAGUUGUAAAAGGAGUUACGUAUCUCAUUUGUUUUAUAUAGACACAUCUGUUAAUUAAAAAUUGAACAGAAUAUACACAAUAGCAUGAUGCACCUUUCAGUGGGAGGGCGAUUUUUUCCCUCUUCGCCAAAUAAUAAUUAUAAAAUUGCAACCAAAUGAUUUAGAAUACUUAAAACAACGCACUGACAUUCAUAUGAAUGAAAUGCCUGAUAAAAAAUGCUGCUCUGUGCACUGUGCGGCCCGCGAUGCUCACAACAAAUUUAACUCAUCGGUUCAAUUAAUCAAAACUAGUAUCUUAGAAAUAAAUCUGCCCUUUUUUUUUCAAUCUAAGGGGAAAUUUAGAAACAAGUAACUUAUCAAAAUUAUCUAAAAGUAAAGGUAUUAUUGUCAAAAGACUGUCGUGAAUAAGUGUUUAAUGCUAGCGUCACUGCCUUAAAUGGGUGCCGAAUUGAAAAGAAGAAUUAUGUAAUACUAAGGUGGUAAAAUGUCAAUUGUUUAUAUACUCUCGAAAACCACGAAAUUUUUAUUAGCAACUUUCUUAUGUGGUCAUGUAGAAAAAUGCAAGUUCAAUCACCAUUCUGUCCUUAUAAGAAGCGGCGUAAUUUCAAAAGCCACCAAUCUCAUUACCCCUAGGAACAAGUUUGAAAAACCACCGACACAAUUGCAUUACAUUCAAUGUAAUUAGGCACGGCUGCGCUGUAACUCAAACGAAGAAGAACUAGCUGCAGUAGAUUUUCUUUUAAAACGUCCAGGAUAUAUGAACAAUCAGUGUAAAGAACGAGAGCAUAGGGAAAAGAAAAAUUAAUCGGGUCGGAAGGAGAUCUGACCGCUUCCUUGUUUUUAUUUUCAUAUGAAAUAGUCUCGUAUAUUUUUCAUUUCUUUCUGUCCACUUUCAUAAUUUAUUUCUCCUUGUCUUUUUCUGCCUGUUUGCUACCACAAAGAAAUAGAUGCAAUUAGAUUUUGUUCGCUUUUGUUCACGGCUCUUUUUGUUUGUUUGUCACUGCCACUGCUGUUGCGUUUGUUGUUGUUCUUGUUGCAUCUCGCAGAACUUUGUUUAAAAGUAGGCCCUAAUUCGUUCCGGUGUUGCGCCGAAGCAUUUUCAUCUCCGGAGAACCCCAAUAAAACCUUCCGCUACAUUAAGGCUUGAAAAGAUGGGUAAGCUGCCCCUUCGUCCUAAGUAAGGAAAUCCGGAUUCCGAAAUCCAGUAAAAUGUUUGCUUGUGGAAUCCAGAAUCUGGCACAUUUUUGCUUUGGAAUCCAGAAUUCUGGGCUUUGGAGUCCGGAACACAGCCAAAUGAAUCCGGUAUCCCACUAACGACCGGAAUUCAGAAUCCAAAUUCCACGGACAAAGGCUAGAAUCCACUACAUGAAAUCCGGAAUCCACGGCGUGGAAUCCAGAUUCCAAGACUGUCUUGGAUUCCCUGGCAUGGGACGAUGCCCUUGGCUCUCCGAGAAUGCUACACUGUUAUAAACGCGUAAAAUACUUGUAACCUGUUUCUAACACAGUUCAAUAUACAUUUCAUUAACAGGAUUAUAAAAUCAGAAAUCACAAAGAUCCAUUUAAAUCUAAGUAUUGCUGUGGGGAUUGCACAAGUCCUUUUCCUCGCAGCUGGAUCCGAGAAGCUUGUUGGAAAAACGGUAUAUAUUUAAGGAAAGGAAAGCCCUUAUUGGCCGUUUUAUGCUAGAGACGUUAAAGUCGUCUUAGGACGACUUUAACGUCUAGUAUAAAAACGGUAAAUAAGGCAGACGACUUUAACGUCUGACGACUUUAACGUCUUCUGUUAAGUGCGUCCGAACGACGCACUUAACAGACGACUUUAACGUCUCAGACGUUAAAGUCGUCUGGUAUAAAGACGGGUCGUCGUAAAUUAGGAAGCAUUUAUGCUCGACUCGUCCAGAGACGACUGGGACGAGUGCAAAACAACAUGGCAGCCAAGAAGAGCGGGCUUGAAGUUCAGGGCGGAAAAACGUUCUGCGCAAGCUUCUGCGCAUCCCUUAUCGCAGGCUCAAGGCGGGCUUUUCUGUGUGUUGACUCUGUUUGUUUGUUGGAGUUCUGAGUGAAAUGCACGAGGUGCGAACGUUUGCUCCCUGUAAAGCAUUUUUAUUUGACAUGUUUGCUUUUUUUUCGUCGCUUGAAAAUUACUUUGGAUUCAGAACAACCAAUGUGAAAGGAAAAACGGAUCAUUUCGUCAGUCUGAGGUGGAAUAAAAGGUUUUGAACAUUUUUAAAGAGGCGAGUAUUUUUUCUGAUUGUGCAUCCGAUUAAUUUAUGAGUUGAUUUCGCCGGGUUGAAUUAAAACCCGCUUGUAUUCCGUUAUUAGUAGUUACGGUUACUUUUUUUACACGCCCAGAUUUAUUACCUUUGCAGAACCAGCUUUAUCUUUGUCUUCAGUCAAAGAACCAUAUUGCAUCAGAGUGAACAAACUUGUGCGCUUAUUAAAGUUCUCGGAAAUAGAAGGCCAGCAAGCUUACUCAGGAUCAUUUUCCUGUUGCUCAAGUAAUACUAAAUAGUAGUCAGAGUUUUUUUUAUUUUUCAUUACACAGUUUUGUUUUCCAGUGCACUGUGAAAGUUUUUGUUCUUUAUAAGAAUAACUUUCUGUACGCAAAUUGUCCUUUUCACUCGCUGUGAAGUAGAGAGCGACAACUGCCGGCAGUGACUUCAAAACAAUUGACUCUUUUCCCGUAAACAAUUGCUGCAGCUGGAUUUGACUGAGGCGAGCAAAACAAACCCUUAUGUGCAAUUUUCUGUAUUUUCUAUAAUGAUCGGCUGAGUUUAAUUUGCUUAAACGAAGACCCUCGCAUGGACCAGUUAAGCUUAUUGAAAAUAGCUAAAUGGUGAAUCAUGGCUUGGCUGCCAAGUUGCAACUGAUCUUUUGCGUGUAAUCUUUAGAUAGGUUGUUUUCGUACAGAAACUUCAUUUCUUCAUCGUCAGCAAGAAGUUUUUGAGAUAAUGUAACUUUAACUUUGUUUGAAGGAAAUCCUACUUACGCGUAGGUUUUUGACAGAUGUUAUGCGUGUUCAACUUGACAACACAAAGCAAAAUUUUAUAUAUCUGCGCGAAACGAGCAAGUUUAAAAAACUAUAGUUGCUUUGAAACCGAUUUUUGGGAAGAUUUUACAAGAUAAAGAUUGACCUUUUUUCUGCCCACAUAUCAACGCAAUAACUACUACAUUGAGGAUUUUGUUUAUAUUUUAGUGAUCUGCGAAACUACGAGUGUCCGAUCGAGCGAGGGUUUUAAAAUAUCGGCUCGAGUGCAACAAAGUUCAGUGACUUCAAACACAUUGUGGCCAAGCGUUAAUUUUUUUGGGCAAACCACUGUCCAAAGAUAUGUUGUUUUUGUGUCCACAGUGGAGCUCCGGACCUUAUAUAUCCAGGAACUUCCUUAUAUGAACACAUUUUGUGAAUGCAUCUUGAAAACAAUCGGACCUACGCAUGCACAUUUCCAGUACAACGCAAGGAAAUUAAUGUCGUCAAAGUCCGUUUUAUUAUGAGGUAUUCUUCGAGAAAAUUAAGUAACCGCAAGGUUAUAACCACAGCUUGCAACUUUUGAAGACAAAUUGCCUGUUCUUUCCAGGUUAUGAGUGGAAACAUUUUAUUUUUAGGCAAUAAAAUAUUUCUGAAUCCCGCCAUUUUUUCAAACCCGGGCAGGGGAUCUGGGUAAAAAAAUUCACGCAUGCUCAUUACGUUUUUCCGCCCUGAAGGCUUGAAGUUCAUUUUUGGCGCCGCUUUAACUCGUGUCCAGUGUCUUCCGAGAUUAAAGCGUAGUCCUUUUUUCAGAAAAAUCUACUUUUUUAAAGGAGGUCGUCUACUUUUGUGCCUCCCGUUUUUACACUAGACGACUUUAACGUCUCAGACGUUAAAUGCGUCUAGACGACUUUAACGUCUCUAGCAUAAAAGCGGCCAUUGUUAGUACUUAAUUGACAUUCUUGUUUGGAAAGUUAACGAAAGUUGUUGAGGACGCACAGGAGCGAAUACUAUGAUUGAUGAUAAAUGUUUUCCAUAUAAAACCAUAAGAAGUCGCCAUUUCUAGCUGUCGACAUGCAUUCUCGUCCCUCAGAGCUACUCUCUUGUCUUUCAAAAACUGACUGCGCGUGAUCAGUAAUAAAUAUUCUCCCGAAGGAGGCUGAAUGCACCUUUUCAUACCAAAUUUUUAUUCAUUUAUUUAGUUUUCUCAUGAGGUGAUCGAAGUUUGUCCAAGAGACGAUCUUCAGACGUUCUAUCCACCUGAAGCAGACUGACAGAGCGUGUUAAUCGAUAUCCAAACUCAUUCAAAUUUUCAUGAACUUAACUUAUGCUGUGUUUACACUCAAGCGUUUACCAAGGUAAACAUUAACUGACUAAACCCUGGUACAUUUGUACCGUGUUUAUACGGGCUCAAAUAACUAAGGUAAGUCUGUCAUCAAUCAUAAUCUAAUCGAAUUGGCGGCAAAUUCUAAAUCCACGCAUAAAUGCUCGCGUUUAAAAGAGAAGCUGUGGCUCUUGUAGUCCUCGCGUUUUAUUUUCUUGUUCUUGAUCAGCAAACCCAGGAAUCGAGUUUGCAGCAGCUCUUACUUUUGCAGCACCUAAAGAGGUGGAGGCGAAAGCGAUUAAUUCUGCUACAAAUUGCCCUUCGCAAGACAAGGCGCGUUAGACGUGCGUGGUCGUGGCCGAGAAACCAAUUCUGGUUCGAAACUCUAUUAAACGGAAAUUUUGUUGAAGAAUGGUGUGUCUUUUGUGUCUUUGGUUUUUGCCAUAACUUCUUCGUAGACCGAAACCAAACGUGGAAACCUGGUCGAAAACCUAGUCUCGAAAACCUGGUCUCGAAAACGUGAUCGAAUGAGCCUGACGCAAUCCCGACACCACAGGAUUUGAAAUUCGACGCGACCGCAAGCGGAUGUAUCUGUCAUCCAAACCUUGGUUACCGACCUUAACCAUGCCUUUUCGCAGGGCAAACCGAACUUUUACCUUAGUUAACUUUCUAUUGUCUUCAGCGGUGUUUACCAGGGUAUCAGUUGGCGUUUACACACGCAAAAUAUUUACCUAGGUAAGUUAACUCCAAUACCUCGGUAGCACGCUCAAGUCUAAACACGGCAUUAUUUAUUUAUUUGUUUGAUUUACUCAGCGACUUCAUACACAAAAUAACAGCAUUACCCUGAUUCAGUUUGAAAUGCAAAAAAAUUUGUCGUGAUAGCUGCAUAAUUACAAUCGGCAAAAUACCUUAAUCUUGAAUUACAAUACAAUUCUGUUUUAAACAAGAACAGUUACAUAAAAACAACGUAAUAAGAUCAAAAUAAAAAGGAUUAAUUUCUACUGAGCUAUAAUUUUUAAGGUUGAACCAAGUACCUCUAUGAUAGUAGAAAAAUGACUUGAUUAUAUAUUAAAGGUCACCCACUCCAGCCUAAAGUCUAACGAAAUUUUAUUUGACUUAUAUUCUUUUACAGGUUAUUUGCAAACUAUACACUGGUCUGUCAUUCUACUUCUUUAUGUCUGUGUUCACUUGGAUGUUUGUUGAAGGCGUGCAUCUUUAUCAAAUGAUCGUGAUUGCUUUUGUCAGUAGAAGCAUGAUGAAUUUCUACGUUGCUCUUGGGUGGGGUAAGUUUAAUUUACUUCCAAUCCACUGUAAUUUUAGGGCUUUGUAGGUCAGGCCCGUUACCUGGUUUUGAUCCGGAAAUCAGGAAAUACGUGAAUAUGUAUUUCCAUGCCAUUAAUUGAAACAGGUUUAAUCGUAAGCAGAUGACUGGAAAGUAUUGGAAAAUAUAAUUACGUAGUUUGAGUUGGUUACAAAUGAAUAGAAAUGAGAUGAGUAAACUUUAAAAUCUGUAUAAGCAGGAUUGUAUUUAAGCGGAACUCUUCUUACAGUGGCGGGGAGGUGCGUCGGCCGCCGACGAACAACCCCAGCCUACGGGCCCGGGGGGGCACUUUAGGAAUUUCUGGGUGGGGAUGUGCCGCUGGGACCCUGGAACCCUUAACCUACACCAGAGCUAGUUCAGCUGAGUUUUGCUACCCUAUACUAGAGUAAGCUCCCCAAAUCCCCCCUAUCCUAGAGUAGCUGUUUCCCCAGUCUAGAUAAAAUCUUCAACCAACUGAUCAGUUUCCUGAAAAAUGAUACCCUAUUCUAAACCCAAACGCUCUGAUUUAUAUACCCUAUCCUAGAGUAAACUGCUUGAAAACCAUACCCUUCACAGCGGCACAUACCUAUAUAGCCCAUAUAUGGCAGUACCCCCCCGGGCCUACGGGCCUGUAGAUUACCUGGAUGUUUCUUCAUUUUUUAUCUUGGAGCUUCCUAACAUCGAUUAGGCGAAAUUUUCAACAACGACGUGGUUUACGGUGGAUGAAAAGUACAUAAAGAGCAUAAUUUUUCUGUAUGUUUAGGUCUUCCUGCCUGUGCUGUUGUUAUUACCUCAAGCAUUGCGCAAGAUGGAUUUGGAACACCGAAGUUGUGAGUUUCUUUAUUAGGCGGUUCGAGGAGCUCAGAUGGUGAAGGGCGAGUUGAAUAGUCUCGUUUUUGAAAUUUUAUUUUAUAAUUAUAUAUAUAUAUUUUUUGCUUGUACGUUUUUCUCCCACUCGGGGCUCCUGGAACAAGCAUGUCUGAACCCCCGGACUAGGCAAUUUCUUUCUUUAUCUUAUUUUAUUUUUUCUGUUGAGUUGAAAGUGUUAAGCGUCGCCCUAUGUGAGGGAAUACAAGACAGUCUUGGAUUCUAGACUCCACGCUGUGGAUUCCGUAUUCGUAAAACUGGAUUUCAGACUCCUUGUCAGUGGAGCUGUAGACUGUUCACAGUCCCCUAUUUUUCCGUGUGAUCGUCGAGAUCGAGCGCGUCUUACCGUUAAUGGCGGCCAUCUUGAUUUUCAGUCGUACCGAGGGGGCGGGCGUCGGGGAUUAUAGCUCUAGGGGGAGGGGGGCGAGAAAAAUAUUUUUCUCGCCUCCUCCCAAACCGUCCCCCGCCCCCUAAGUAGAUUUGAUACUCUUCCCCAGGUUAGACUCGGUACGACUGAAAAUCAAGAUGUCCGCCAUUAACGGUAAGACGCGCUCGAUCUCGACGAUCACACGGAAAAAUAGGGGACUGUGAACAGUCUAGUGGAGCUGGGAUUCCGGAUACCACGAGCAAAAAUUUGCCGGAAUCCGGUUACCCUUAAGCGGUGUUUUCAAGAGCUAUCAUAUGAUGCUUACGAGGCUAUACCAGGGGCUGAUGAAUUUCAAGUUCAGCUUAGCCUAGCAAUUUAUACCCUAGAUAUCUCCAUUUUAGUCCUGAAAGUCUUGUGUUUCUUUCGAUGGAUGGAAUGGGUUAAUCCGAGAUAAGAUAUGCUCUCUUUGUUAAUCAUAUAUUUUAAAAAAAUAAAACAAUAAAUAACUGAUAAAUAAAGAAAUCUGGAAUAACAGAAAAAAAAUGACCACUAAACCGUAUUUGUUUGUUUGUUUGUUAGCUGCUGGUUAUCUUCUGUGGGUGGUGCAAUAUGGGGCUUUGUUGGUCCGGCCGUGGCUGUUAUAGGGGUAAGAUCGUCCCUGAUGUAACAUGGGUAUAGCUUGAUUGUGUCUUAGUUACAGGUAUCCGAUGAGAAAUGAGAUAAAGACUGAUCAUUUUUAAGACUCUUAAAAUCAUCAUGAUCAUCAUUAUCGUCAAUUCUCUUCGUUCCCAGUCGAACAUUAGUUCUCCGCUGAUGCUCGCCAACUGAGCGGCGACUUUUGCCCCAUUCUACGUUAGUCCUCUCUACUCGAGUUCAAACAUCCUCAGGCGCCACCAGUAUCGUGUUCUUCCAUACCUACUCAUUUCAUUAACCACCAGGAAACAUUUGCCUCUCAAGCAUUGCCCUGACUUCUCCCUGCCCAAGCAAGCACACUUUUUUUGCCAAAUUUGGCGACAGGUAUUCACUGGCGGUUAAUAAGAGUCAUUCUUUGCCACGCAUGUUGAUUCAAUGGCGGGUGUUGUCUUCUUGUACUUCUGCUUCCCCAUGCACUAUUGAGCACAGUGACAACAAUAGUUUCGGUUUUCGAGAUCAAAAGAAGGUUUUACUCGAGGUGCUUAUUUGCGUUCCACUCAACCUCCAACUUGGACAGAGGAUCACUCUUUUUCUGGCCUCUACCCUUCAAUCUGCUCGGCAUGGGUGGUCCUAUAACGAUUAUAAAACUCCAGCCAACAUAUAUACAUACAUGCAAAAGAAAAAAAAAAACCUCCAUGGUAAGGUAGUGAUCCCAUCGGAAUAGAAUGUUUUAACUUAUCUGGAAAAAAAAAAUUCACGGCUUUUUUCCUUCGUUGACAGAUUAAUUUGUUUGUUUUGGUUCGAGUUCUUUGCGUCAGGGUAAACAUCAACAAAGAGGAAGGAACAAAGGCACAGCUAAGGUACUUUAAAGAUGGCUAAUUUGAAGGGUCAGAUUGUAGGCAAUAUCUUUCUCUGAACAUUAUAAAUAUUUUUAUAUAUUCUACACACAUGCUUACUUGACUGAAGGGAAACAUAAUGCUACAUUAUGAAUUUAAUUCAUGAAUUUCGUAAGAUUUCUUGCAAUAAAGAUUUCACCCAUGGCUGUGGCUGUAGUAGCUCUACUUAUUUGUUUUUGUUGUUGUUAUUUUACCCUGCAAGAUGCAGUAAAUUAUACCAGCAAAUGCUUAUUCCAAAGAUUAUUUUUUCCUUCAAAUAGUUUAAUACACUUCUUCCUUAUCCACGUUCUCCUAACGGGAACUCGUUCUCUUUUAGGACAGUUUAAGAUAUACCAGCCUGAGUGCAUGUUGUCCAUUUCAGUUUUUCCAAUUUUUUUUUUUUCAGAACAACUGCUCGUGUUUCACUAGUUUUGCUUCCUCUUCUGGGUAUAUCCUGGGUGUUCGGAGUAUUUGCUGUCAAUGACGACACAGUUGUGUUUCAGUAUAUCUUUACAAUAUCCAACUCAAUACAGGUAUGGAAUCAGGAGGAAUUAGCUGAUCGAAAGAAUUUGCAUUGCUGCAUAGGUAGAUGAGUUAUAUAGAGUACAGAAAUUUGAUUACUAUCAACUGAAUUGAUUUACUUUAUCAAAUUUCUUAAUAAAAACUAUUAUUUGAGAUAUACUAAUUGGUAAUUCACGAAACAUAAAAGGUAAGUUAACUAACAAGUGCCCCGGGUCGAGUGGGUUUUAUGUCGAGAGGUAAAAUCAGACUUGAUAUCCGGAGAAAAAACUUUUUAAGCCGAGUGACAACCCCACAUAUAAAUCCACGCCACGUUAUCGGUGGGAGGCGUCUUGCCUUCGAGCAGGCUCUGACUUGUGCAAAUUCGGGGAAGAUUUCUCCGCAACCCCUAAUGAUAUUUUUUGAAAGAGGUGUUAUUAAAAGUAGUUUUGUAUUGGUGUUGCUGGUCAUGAUUUCACUGUAGCACAAGAAUUGCUGACAGGAAAUUUUUCUUUCCUAAGGGGAAUUGUUAAUAGGGUUUGUUAUCUGAAUUUAACGGGAUCUCAUACGCCGCCGACUUUCGCUCCGCGACAUUUGCUGUUGGUCACUGUCUGAUGAGGCUAUCGGUAGCCUACGUGGCAGGCGUCGAAACAACCUCGUUUGAGGGUUAUCUCCUACCCGUCCCUUCGGAGUGAGAGACGUGUAGGAGAGAGAACCUGGGAACGAGGCUGGCGUCGAAAGGGGUAGUGGAAGAGGGAAAAAGGGGAAUCGUAGCCUUUAACAAACUUGAUGGUUCUCAUAUUCCGCCGACGACAUCUUGCGUCAUGACCGCCAGUAAUUUGCCUGGGAUACUGUUUCAAUAUGAGAACAAAAGUUGCCGUCAACAGAGGCCGGCACAACACCGAAAAUUGACUGGACUUCAACUUGGAAGGCAUGUCGGAACAGUACCCGUGAGGCGGUACUGGUGACUAUGUAAGAGGUAGAUCGGCGGCAUUUGAGAACCAGGCGUAACGUCGGUAAGCCUACAAACUAGACUUCGCAGGCGCGUUGGAAGCAAAACUUGCGAUGGCGGUUGUUUUCGGUGUUCUGUUAAUGUUCCAAUAAUAUACCAGUGCAGUUAGUAUUGUAUCUUAUACAGUACACUACCAGCAGCUUUGUUGUAGGUGGUGCACGGUUUGAUGUUGGCUUAUUUUUACUCACUUCUAGGGACUACUGAUUUUCGCUUUCCAUUGUGCCGGUAACUCAGAGGUAUCUUUUGAGUAGUUUACGUAUCUUAAGCAUUACUUACUUCUAGUUUUGAAGCUUUUUCAUUCAGUUUGUCAUGAACCAAGUAUGCGCUAACGAGACAAGUAAAGGGCCAAGUGGUCUGUAAUAUAUGAUACAUAUGAUUUCGUUUUCCGAUUUGCGGUUCAGACGCCGAACUUUUCAUGAGCCGAAACUUAUUCAAAUUGGGAUAAAAAAUGCGCAUUUCGGUCAAGCUGCUUGCAAAAUACAUUAUAAUAAUUUGUGCAUUAGGUUCGGCUCAUAAAAAGUUCGGCGUCUGAAUCAAAGCCGUUGCAAGGUCGCUCCAAAGUCGAAAUUUCCGGCCGGGCUAGGGGGGAAGAACGGCUGAGCCGUUCAAAAUGAAAUAGGCGUUCCAAACCGAUUCAGACGCCCGACUUUUCAAGUACUUGAUUUACUGUGAAGUCUUAGGUUCGGCUCAUGAAAUGUUCGGAGUCUGAAUCGGACCUUGUAUAAAAGGAUAUACAGUACUCAAUACACACGGUAGAUUUUAAACAAAGCUGACCGGCAACGACUGCAAUUAGUGUUGAGGAUCAGUCUUACUGAGUGGGGAACGUUAUCAGCUAAAACUAAAACAACAACCUCCAACACACAGUUCACGGGUUUUAAUUUGAAUUAAGCAAAAUUUAGAUUAGUUCAGAAUUAAGCCAAUAAAUUUCGUUCUCAUAGAUGAUCGUGACAGCGAUAGCUGAAAGUUUUGCUCAGAUUUGCUUCAAGCGAGCCUCAUGGGAAAUCUCCGCUGAAAAGCUGAAUUAAUUGGUUGAGAAAACAGCCUAACUAAACUAGUUUUGUUUUCCUCUGUUUUGUCUACUUUAGGUUCGUCAUGAGUUUCAGAGAAAAGCUUCCCAUCUAAGUCUUAUGAGAGGUUUUACCAGUCCUUCCUCGCCCACCACUAUCCGAAUGUCUCGAAUAUCACAGCAAUAUUUCAAUAAAAAGAAGAAUGGAUGGGUUGGGGGGAAACUGUAG